AUGGAAUACUUUACAUACAUUAAAGCUUAUUUUAACAGAAUUGUUAUUGAUAGAGAAAAUUUACCUUUUCAAGAUAUGGGAAAAUAUAAAAUGCAAGUCUUUAAUUCGAAUAAAUCCACAAGUAUGCUGAAUUUUAAGCUUAUUUUAUAAUGUUAUCGAUUUAAGAGAUAGAAAUUAAAGGCUAAUUAAUGUAAAUCCAAUAAAAAUAAAAUGUAAAAUCAGUAUCUAUUUAAUGUAUACAGAAAUAGAGUAAUAAUUAUAGAUCCGCUAAACAAAUAAAUAAACAGGCAAACAACGAAAGUAAAAUAAUAGCGAACAAUAGCGAAGCUAUUUUGUAAAUCAGUAAAUACAUUUUUAGAAGCUUAUUGCAUAAUGAAAUAUUUCUGUAGGAAGGUAAGGGAAAUUAAAUAUAGAUUUUACGAAAUAUUUAAUAUCUGA